UGUGUGUAGACGGAAGACAUUUUAAUAAAACAUGUCCGGAAUAUAUGUGUUUAAAUUAAUCCUGUGAUAGUUAUCGAAGUUUUUUCAUGUAGCUAUUUAUUGGAUACCAUGAUAAUGGUAGCUGUGUUAUAAUAAAUAAGUGUCCAAUCUUGAAGUUUGAGUGCAGUCUUUGUUUGCGUGUAUAUUAAGUUUGAUAUGCCUGUGUUGAAUUGUGCUAUAGCAAGAAGAAGUUUGAGAUAUUGAUGUAAACAAUUUAGCAUGCGUGAGUCACAUGGUGUUUGAUUGUGUUUACUUUUACCAUACCUUUAAAACAUGGUGAUACAGUUCUAUUACAAUCUAUCAAAUAACAUGCUGCUAAAAUAAAAACAUUCGGAGACACAGUCCCUUCAAGCAAUAUUAUGCCAACGCGCAUCAAGGAAGAAUGUCGACCAAUCCACUGUCGUUUCAAACACCACGUGAGGUAUCACAUGUUAUACGUCAUUGCGGAUGUGCGACUCUCCCUCUCUUAAACUGUGCAGGUGAAUCGUUAAUUGAAAAUGACUUUCAAUAUUUAUUGGAGCAGAAUGAUUCAGUUACUUAUUCGAAAUCUUGUGACAUUUGAUGUUAUAUUGAACACCGUGUAUUACUUCUGACGUUGACUACUUUUAAAAUCCGUUCAACAAACAAGAGCACAAACGAUGAAUUCCACUCAAAAGGCCAUAUAAUCGUAGUCUAUGUUGACAAGAAGAAUGUAACAUAUCAAGGAAUGUAUGUUAUGUUUAUGCUUAUCCAUUAACAAAGUCACCAGUACAUGCUAGUGGUGCGGUAUGGCCGCUAACACACACCUGAUCGACGACAAGGAGACCAAUAAUUGGUUCAAAGCGGUCAUAGGACUCAAAGUUACGAAGGAAGGACUCACUAACUUUCUUUGCGCAGAAUUACAGAAAGUACACACCGUUGUUGGUAGAAGUUGUGGAAACUGCCCAAUUGAAAACCUCAUACAAUGUCCGACAAACCCAUAUUGUAACAACAGGAAACGGAAUUAUUGUCCUUUUCACAAAUCACAGAAACCGCAGCCAUGCCCAAUAUGUGAUAAUGUAAAAGAUAAUAUCAUAUUACACCACAGAUAUGGUAAACCUUCCUGGAGGAACACUCGUGCGGAAAAGUGGGCACAAAAUGAUUGGGAAAUAGGCAAAUGCUACCUCCCUCCGGACGGAUAUAGCAGCAUUUCCUCGAUGCAGGAAUCGGACUUUAAUGGUGUGAUAAACAUCAUGUUGAAUUGCCUACAUUUCCAGACAUGUCUCUCCCCCUUAUGUUUAUCACCUCCACCGCCUGAUAAGCAAUGUCCACUAGAAAAGGUCCGUCAGAUUGGCCGAGAUGUGCGACACACAUCCGACUGCAAGGUUACAGAUGCUGACUUGCAAGACUAUUUCAAGACACUGUCCACGCUCCUGGCUGACCCACAAUACUUACAACAUGAUCCUUCAGCAAUCAUAGCAUGUACAAGACUUAGUGAUUUGCAGAAUGCUCGUAUGUCCUUUGAAGAACUGGGCAAGCUGUUAAAAGAAGCCAAUCACACUCUCGAAGAUGCAAAAAAGGCCGGCGAAUGUUUUUCUGAGAAGGCAGAAAGGACCUUGGAAGAACUGGAGGCAGGUUUGCAUCAACUGAAGGCCGCAAAAGAGGACAUUGUGGCUCAAGUAAAAAAGGAAGUCAGAGAUUUCAAGACAAAUGGUGACGAAGUGAACUAUUCGAAACGCAAAGAAAUUCUAUUAGAUAUGAUGAUUAAACAUUACGACAACACACUUAGUACCAUCACAACCUCGCCAUUGCAUGACGGUGUUCACGCUAGGGUAGAUGAUAUUUACAUGCCACCCAAAUUACAGCUGAUGGAAAAAGUCAAGGGGGCCUUCAAGAAAACUGAUACAACGAUUACGAAAUACAACAACGUUCUUUUAAAGGAUGGUGAAUACAACCGAAAAAUGUUCAUUCAAGGCGAGGCAGGGUCUGGCAAAUCCACGUUUCUCGCCAUAUUAGUUAGAGACUGGUGUUGUAUAAAUAGUAAAGCAUCACGUAAACAGACGGACGAGGCGGGGUCUGGCAAAUCCACGUUUCUCGCCAUAUUAGUUAGAAACUGGUGUUGUAUAACUAGUCAAGCAUAUGGUAAACAGAAGGACGAAACUUACACUGCCGAUGCUAAUGCACGAUUGAGACCAUCUGAUGUCUUUGAAGAUUUAACGACCCUGAAAGUGUACACGUUCGUUUUCCAUGUCACUCUAAGGGAUUCAGUCAACGAGUUAAAUAUUUUAGAGAUGCUUAAAAAACAAAUAAUUGACUCAAUUUACGGCGAUAAGGAUAGACGCGAAAAUGCAUACCGACUACUGAAUGAGAUCAUGGAACGUGAACGCUGCUUGGUAUUACUGGAUGGUCUAGAUGAGUGGACCUGCAACGAAGGUCGCAGCCUACCGGUAUUGGCUGCAUCUCACAGUCAGUGUGAUGUGUUGAUAACAACUCGACCUUGGAAAUUGACAGAAGCGAUGAUACCUGACGCGAAGAUUGACAUACUGCUACAACUGGAAGGAGUUAACAAGCCUUUCGAGUUUAGCAGAAGACUGCUUGGCUGUAUAGAUGAUUGUAAAGAUAGCAUGGUGUUGGACAAAAAACAAUCAGAAUUUGAAUCAUACAUAAUGAAAAAUGACUUGAAAAAGCUUCUGAUUUCACCAAUGCUAUUGCAAUUGAUAGUGCUCUCAUGGGUUGCAGGGACUGAAAUGAACGGCUCCAUGUGUGAAAUAUACAGUCUCUUUCUGGAAAGUCUUCUUAAGAAGGCAAACAAGGAACAAAGAAAAUUCCAAUCGCCACCCGUCCAAUGCUUUAAAGACACUGAACACAUACGGCCAAAUAUUAAAAACGUUGAUCGUCUUGCUAAAGCGGCAUUCCAUUUGCUGUUUUCAAAUGCCAGAGAAAGUUCACUAGUGUUUAGCGAUACAGAUUUAGAGCGAUUUGGAUUAGAUGAAGAACAUAAGGAGUUUGCAUUCAAAUCCGGUAUUUUAUCGGCAACACGAAAGGCGUCUGCAUUGCGAUCAUCUCCUUCAUAUUCCUUCAGCCAUAAGAGCAUACAGGAAUUCCUCGCUGCUUAUUAUAUCGCCUGCAACACCCAUCAGAUUGAUGACAUCAUAUCCGGUUAUCUCAACCGUUACAAGGAUGCAUACAUGGACAUUUCACAGGUGUUUAUAUUCCUUUGUGGACUGCAAAUAUCAGCUGCGAAAAAGCUAUCCGGCAUGAUGAAUGAGCGCGAUGUUGAUUCGCGUAAUCGUGAGUUUCCAAGCAUCAUACUAUCAGGAUUCAGAGAAGCUGUUGCGAAUAAACAUUAUGACAGUAACUUCAUACUCAGUCACUUUUAUUUCAACAUAGCGGUCACCGAAAUAGGAGACGUCCACAACAUCUGGAUACAAAACACGUCAAAUAUUCUGUCAUUGGACCUAACCAUAAGAGAGAGUCAGAGUUCCUAUGAACGAGGCGAGUCUGCAUCUCAUUAUGAGUUUGACCUGUCAUCGUGUAGCAAGCUGAAAUCGUUAAGACUAUUGGGGAAAGACAUAUGGUUUAAAGAGGCAUGUGGGCUUGACAAAGAAUCGGUCAUACUCGACCGCAGUAACACAAUAGUAUUCAACACAGAGGCAGUUGUGCAUGAACUGUCAGCUCAGACACUUAGCCGGAAACAAGAAAUAGAAUUAGCCACAAGGUACGACAGUUACACUCAAAUAUCCAACCCAGAGGCAGGUGUGCAUGAACUGUAA